UGCAGCGAUGAAAGCAGAGGUGAAAACCGAGACAAACCCACGGAUGUGCCAUAAAACCGCUUGUCGGGGCUGAGAUAUUCUCCUGUCAGCCCGGUGAGCUCGAGGCUCUGCAGUUGUUUAGUCGAAGAUAAGCUUUCUGUGUGAGAGGGGAACCUGAGCAAGCCAAAGGCGAAAGAGGAGGGGGUUAGUCGGCCCACUGCAGUCUGAAUCACCGCAGACUCGGCCCACCGCUGGAUCAUCAUCGACGACAUUUGCCAUCUACGUGCGCAUCCUCACGGAGACAGAAAGCAACUGGAAGGGACCAAGCCCGUGUUUGACCCUCUGCCGCAGCACCGAGGUGCGCUGCUUGGCAGGGCGUGCUAAAUAAUGAGCCAAAGGGACACACUGGUUCAUUUGUUCGCUGGAGGAUGUGGUGGCACAGUUGGAGCAAUUUUGACCUGUCCUCUUGAGGUUGUGAAGACCAGGCUGCAGUCCUCCUCCAUCACUCUCUACAUCUCUGAAGUCCAGCUCAGCACUGUCAAUGGAGCCAGUGUGGCCCGUGUCGCUCCACCAGGGCCUCUGCACUGUCUCAAGUUAAUUCUAGAAAGAGAGGGAGCCCGUUCGCUCUUCAGAGGACUGGGACCCAACCUUGUGGGUGUGGCACCUUCCAGGGCGAUUUAUUUUGCGGCAUAUUCUACUGCUAAGGAGAAGCUGAAUGGGGUGCUGGAGCCGGACUCUACCCAAGUGCACAUGGUGUCGGCUGGGAUGGCAGGGUUCACCGCCAUCACAGCCACCAAUCCCAUCUGGCUGAUCAAGACCCGUUUGCAGCUGGAAACCAGAUCCCGGGGCGAGCGGCGAAUGAAUGCAUUCGAGUGUGUGAAGCGAGUGUACCAGAUGGACGGCCUGCGAGGUUUCUACAGGGGCAUGUCAGCGUCUUAUGCUGGCAUCUCUGAGACUGUUAUCCAUUUUGUCAUCUAUGAGAGCAUCAAACGUAAACUGCUGGAGUCCAAGGCCCAAACCAGCAUGGACGAAGAGGACGAGUCCGUCAAAGACCCCUCAGACUUUGUGGGCAUGAUGCUCGCAGCAGCCACCUCUAAGACCUGUGCCACCUCCAUCGCCUACCCACAUGAGGUGAUCAGGACACGACUACGAGAGGAGGGCAGCAAGUAUCGCUCCUUCUUCCAAACUCUGCUGACAGUACCCAGAGAGGAGGGAUACAGGGCGCUGUACCGCGGCCUGACCACCCACCUCGUCCGACAAAUCCCCAACACCGCCAUCAUGAUGUGCACCUAUGAAGUGGUGGUCUACCUGCUCGGCCGUUAGCCCAAAAGGUGUGUCUCCUUCCUGUUAUCAGAGGGAGACAGUUAGCAAAUGACUGUGGAGGAAGCCCUUUGGCAAAGGAGAGUGAAGACAAAAUGUCAAAAUGAAGACCAAAGGAAAACCGAAAAUACUCGAGUGGACCAGAAGAUGAAAAAACAGGAGCUAGGAAGGCCCUUUGUUACCAUAUCAGCACCAUCACCUCCAGUUUAUCAGAGCGCUGGAGCAGAUAAAGGGCGCUACAGUUCACAAAAGAGGAAGAAUGGGUAGGAUGAGAGAGUAGGCACUGACACAAAGGACACAAAGAAUUUGGCACCUUAAACUGAGGGUACCUCUGAAGGAUUUUAAGCACAAUUCAGUGGCCUUAAUAGAAACGGUUUUAGUUUGUGUCCUUCCCUUUGAGAGUGAAAAACUGCCUUUUUCACUCUCGGCAGAGAUGAUAUUGUGAAAGGGGAAUGCUUGGAGGCAACUAAAUACGAAAGGAGAGAUGAAAAUUAAAUGUAGGUCAGUUUCACUCGACUUGGCACUUUUUGUCUGCACUGGUCUUGUUUCACUGCUGUGAGACUACUAUACGAUCAAAUGGCAGUUAAGGAAUGUUUAGUUAAAUCCUAAUGAAAGGAGGAAGUUUGCAUUGAAACAAAGACAUUUUUCAAGUCACCUGAACCAACCCAUCUUUGCACUACAUGUGUGUCUUCAAGCAUUCCCCUCUGAACACUGCAGUCAACCCCCUUAACGACUGAUGUUCAUACACAGCUAAGCGGCCACAAACAAAAACACAAAGAUGAGUUUGUCAUGGCCCGUCACUGGAACACAUGCCUCAGAAACCAACUUUUGUUUAUAACAGAAAAGGUCAAAAAGCUGUCAUUCACUGUUUUAUUCCCUCUAUAUCUCAGUGCCUGGUGGUGACAUGCUUCGGGUGAAGCUGGCCCUCUGUGCUGACAGUUUCUCUUUGUUAAAACUGAAAUAAGAUCAGCACACAAGGCCAGCUUUUCCUGCAUCCUGUCGCUGUGCAGGACUUAAAAAUCUUGUGUGAAAACACGAGACCAACAGAUCAUUUUUGAGAUGUGAAGUGUGUGAUUGUCCUAAAGGUACGACGACUUUAAGGGAAACGUUGGUAUUUUUCAACCUGGAAUAUUUUUUCCCAAGAUUUUGUGUUUAAGGGUGUUUUCAUAUUAGGUGCUGCUCAGCUUUACAGUAGUAACGUUGUUCUGUACCUGAAUACACUUUUUUAUCGCCUAUGUGAGGUUUUUGUUGUGCUACGAUGUAGAAAAGGGCGCUGCAGAUGGACACUACUGUCCUCAUCGACAAAGCAGUGAGGCAAAGGUCUGUUCCUAGUUGGAGGAGGAGCCACUGGUGGCGGGCAUGGAGCUCUCUGCCAGAGCUCAGGUCAUAAGGCAAAUCUGGGUCUGAUGUGGUGAGCUGUGCUGCAGUCUGAUAAAAAGGCAUCAGUAUUAAAUUGAGAAUGUUUCAUAACCAGCUAAAAACUCUGUGUAGUUACAUAAAACAGCAGUCUACCUCUGUGUUUUGGUACAUUUGGUGUUCACACCUGAUGUGUGUCACACUGGAGUAAACAUAAACCUUACUCAAGACCAUCCAAGUGGACUCAAGCAUCAGCGCACCAUGCACAGGAACCAUACACAGUAUUUUUGCUAAUCAAACGAACUUGUCUGUGGAGUCACCUCUGUGAGACUUCUCUGUGAGUGUGACUUAAACAAACAAACAAACUAACUGGAUCAAGGGAAAGAUAAAGAAAAACAGUGUAUUUCUCUGUAGGGUCUUUUUCAUAAUUUUGUCAGGCAUUUAUAGUAACACUCUGAAUGUCAGUGGCAAAAACAAGCACCUUUAGUGGACGUAAGUUGAUCGUGUGCAAAUGCCCCAAGUGGUUACAUUGCAGCGUUUUUAGGCUGCCAUCUGCAGUACUUUUAAAGAUUUGUUGUCUCCAUUAGUCACUUUGACACAAAAUCACUUGUAAAUGUAGUCCAGGUUGAAAACUACAGAAGUUUCCGUUUGAGUAUCUGCUAUUGGAGUGCCACUACUUGAAUAUAAUGUGACGGUGUGGGGAAAUGUUGGAGUGGGAGAAUGUUGACGGAGUUUCAUCAUUACCCCAUAACCUGUUUGUGUGUGAAUGUCUAAUAUGUUGGUCACUUUCACCAUGAUGAUGAUCUAACGAUGUUAAAGAAUAUGUGCGUGCGUGUUUGUUUAUCUGCGGUCAUGUGUGCCUGCAUGUAUAAUUGAUAUCUACUCCAGAUUUCCCUCCACUAACUAUUAAUCUUUCAAGACACUGAGGUUGGGAGUGUGGAAAAAGCUCCUGAACAAUAAUGGCAGCUUCCAUUCCCACUCUCACGCCAGUCUUUCCUUCCAGUGGCUUCCAACUGACCUGAUAACAUGCACGUUUGUGGCCUUUUAGGCUUGUGCUUUGCAUUUUUUUUUGUGUGGACAGUUUGAACUUGUACAUUGUAAAAGAAAAAAGAAGUAUUACUGUAUAUCAAAAUGGUAUUUUGCGCAACUGUUCUUAUAGCAGAUAUAUUGUACAGUUUAAAGUUCUCAGUAGUUGUGAAGGAUGUUCAAAUGUGUGUACAUAAUAUAGAUACUGUAUAUGCAUAUCAUUUAUUGUUUUUUUUUUUCUUAGGCCUAUGUAUGAUCAUGCUGUAGUUUGCAGUUGCAAUUUAUUGUUUUCAUUUAUGUGCAAUUUAACCUUGUUUGACAUUGACUGUCGACAUGAAUAUUGAUAUUGCUUGACAGAUUUUUCUUACAGUAUAAACUUUUGUUUUGUAUCUUGCUGUAAGCUGUCAUGCAAACAUUUGUGCGUACAUUAAAGCUAACAAAUACUGCAGGACAAAUACUAUCAUGUAAGCCUUUGUGCUGCAGCGUUGGUUAGUUUUUUUUUACCAGGUUCAUAAAAAGUGUUCCAUUUUGCAAAGUUUGGAUGUUUCUGUCAAUGAUAAAAGUUUACAUUGUUCAUUAAUCAGAAGUAAAUCAGGAAGAUUUUUGGUUCUCCUACCCCUUUUCAACCAACAUGGAACAGGUUUUGUUGUGGUUCCUGCACUUAAUUUUGAACCAUUCGGAGCAUUUAGACCAAAAAUAAAUUGUUUUGGAACCUAAAAAGUUCAAGAGCCAGAGCUAAUUUGGUGGAAAAGGGGUACCAGCAACAUGUUCUGAAUAUAAAGAUGGAAGUAUUUUUUAAUGUUCAGGAACUGUGGCCAUCUUUCUGUAACAGUGUACAGAGUUGGGAUUGUUAAAUUUGAAUUUGAGAGAUUGAGGAAUUGACAAAGUAGUCUGUUACUGAAGAGGGUUGUUGAUAAAAACAGCAAAUUCACCCCUUUAAAAUAUCAGCUCAAGAAGUUAACAUAGUAUCAUAAAAAAAAAAGCUUGGGAAAAUGUGGCAAAUCUUGUAGAACUCAUGCCCUUUAUCAUUCUGUUCCUUGAAUGCUUUUAAAUUGGUUCUAAUCAAAACAUCCUUUCGCAUGACAUUUAAAACUUCUGAGCAGAGUAAAACUUUCCCUCCACAACCUCUCUUACCCAGCUGCUGUGGUCUCAGUUCACACUCAUUCUCCAUAUGGAACUGAUAAAGUCUGCACAAUUUUCAUGUUUAAAAAAAGCAUUGUUUAUUUCACCAAUUACCGAAAAUCUGAUGCAUUCACGCAUGAUCUUCAUAUUUUCCCUCACAUUGCAGUGUCAUUUCAGAGGGAAACCAAGGCCUGUGUUGUAACUUGUAAUGGUUAUUGAUUUUCAAUUGACAUGUUGCUAGCCCGUGGUUCUGGAAAACGAAAAUUGCUGACUCAUUUUAACAUCAAUGUUUUCCUGUAGAACACUAAUAGCUUUUAUGUCUUUGGCUCAAUUGCAGUAAUACUUGAGGUCAAAUUACUAAAAUGUGAAACAAACAGACAACUGGACAAACAUUUCACUUUAUUUUUACCUCUCAUUUCAGUGUCUGUAUGCAAUUCAAUAUCUUUCUCCUGUAUGCUUGGGCAGGAUGCAGCACAAGCACGGUUGAAUGAAACCUGGAAGAUUUUUUUUUUUUUGCCAGAUCAAUUGUUGAUGUAUUUUUUUUGUUUUGUUUUUUUUGUUUUUUAAACACAAAAGUAAAUAAAAAUCAACUUGCAACUAGAAUAAUAUCUGC